GAUGGACACGGACUUCUACAAGGCGUUCUCGUACCGGAAGGACGGCUCCCUUGUUGGCCGCUUAUGGUCCAACCUUCCCUCCGCGCUAUCCGAGAUUGCAGCCACACUGCAGAUGCGACAGGAGGGCAGGAAGCAGUGGAUCACCGAGGGCAUAGCAUACCGCUCCCGGCUGAAGACCGCCCGCAGGGCGCGUGUUCGUGAGCUGGAGAAGAACAAGGUGCAAAUUCCCAGCAAAGAGGAAGGCUGCCUCUGCCGAGAGAAGUGGUCCGGCUUCGGGUGGCUCAGCGUCUUCCCACGCGCGGUGCAAUACGAAG